AUGAAUGAGAAGAAUGAGAAGCAAUGUCAUGUGUUGGAUGUUAAUUGUGCUCUAUUUUUAUUUUUUAUGGCUUCUGCUGAAGUUGAUAUGUUAUCUCAUGUUUCUAGUUCAUCAAUUACUCAAUCAGUUGGAAUUAUUGUUAAUGAACCAUCAAGUUCUUCUGUUGGUACUCCUAGAGUGUUUACUUCAUUGAGUCCUGGUGGUACUAAAGAAUGGAUUCCCUCUUGUUCCGAGGAGUUAAAACCUAUUGUCGGAAUGAAUUUUAAAGAUCCCGAGGAAGGUUUAUCCUUUUAUAAAGCUUAUGCUACUGCUUCAGGUUUCACUUCUAGAAAAAUUACUACUACAAGAAGGAAGAAGACUGGUGUAGUGGCGUUCCAGUAUGUUGUAUGUAAUAAAGAAGGUUUUAAGGCGUCUCGUAAGCCUGUUGUGGAAGCUGUUGAAGAUAAAUCAGACAAGGCUCGUUCUACACGAAGGCGAAUGCUUACUCGUGUUGGUUGUGGUGCUCAAAUGUGUAUGAAAAACAUUAAUGGAUCAUAUGUUGUGACAUACUUCAAAGAAGAACAUAAUCAUCCUCUAUACACUCCUGGUUGUGCCAAAUUUCAUAAGCAUGGGAGGAAAAUGAGUAUUUUGCAUAAGAACAUUAUUAUUGGUAAUUCAAAGGUUAACAUUGGUCCAGUGAAGUCUUUUAGAAUAAUGAAGGAGUUAACUGGAUCAUAUGACAAUGUUGGUGCAUCUAAGCAAGAUUUCAAAAAAAUUCAGAGAGAUUUGAAGGCAUUAAUUGAAGGAUCUGAUGCACAAAUGUUUAUCAAUAAUUUUCUGAAUAAAAAGUUAUUAUGGAGUGCGUUUUUUUAUGAUUAUGAGUUAGAUGAAGAAGAUCAACUCUGUAGAGCUUUUUGGGCAGAUCCUAUUUGUAGAAAGAAUUAUGCUCUUUUUGGAGAUAUGGUUUCAUUUGAUACUACCUUUUCAACAAAUAUGUACAAUAUGAUAUUUGGGCCGUUUACUGGAGUUGAUCACCAUAAAAAGUGUAUUACCUUUGCUGCUGCUCUUAUAUCUAAUGAGGAUAUAGUGUCUUUUAAGUGGGUUUUUAAAACAUUUGUGAAGGCAAUGGGAGGUAAUGAGCCUCUCUGUUUGAUUACUGAUGAAGAUCCUGCAAUGAAAGUUGCCUUUCCCAAAGUCUUUCGUUCUACAGAGCAUCGAGGCAGUGUAGUGUAUAGACCUGAAUUUGUGAUUUCAUAUUUCACUUACAAUGUUUGUGCUAAUUUCAAGGAUCAGUUAGGAAUGGUUACGGAUGCAGGAGAAAAGAAUGGUGCUCAAGGUAGGGAAUCAGGGAUAUGGCUUGGUGGUGAGCUUGAUCCCCGAACGGCAAGGAGAUGGGUCUCUUCUAAAGUGUGUGCUACUAUUGAAGAAUCAGGCAGGCGAGGCCCUUCAGGAGUUAUUCAACAGUGGAAUAGUGAAAGGUGGGGAACUCUGGAUCACGUUGAAGCUUUGGUGUUCAAGUCUGACCAACCCCAACUCCAACCCCUCCCAUUCCCGUAG